AAACUGAACGGAAGGUGCAUUAGGUCCUUCAGCGGAAAAAGAAGCGCCGGAGGAGCUGACGCCAUUUCAAUGUUUUCGGUUGCUACGUAUUCAAAAUAAUCAAUUACCGCUCGUCUAUUGCCGGCUGAGAGGAAACAGCGAUUGUGUGUUUCGGUGGUUUAACUGGUGCAAGUGCUGUUUUUUUUAUGCUCAGCAUGGCAGUGGUGAUCCGUUUGCGGGGACUUAGACUUGAGGCUGGGUCUGAGGAUAUACGCACAUUCUUCACUGGACUAAAAAUACCAGAUGGAGGUGUGCAUAUAAUUGGUGGACCUCUUGGAGAGGCUUUCAUUACUUUUUCUACUGAUGAAGAUGCUCGACGGGCUAUGACCCGUUCAGGCGGAUCAAUCGAAGGCUCAUCUGUGAAUCUUCUACUAAGCAGCAAGGCUGAAAUGCAGAACACUUUACAAAUGAGCAGGAGAAGAAUGGAACCUUCCAGAAGAGAGGUUGCAAUUGAAAAAUUCAGAGACAGAAAAUCGGAUUUAAGUGAUAUGACUGCUUCAUUUGCCGAAAACCUUGUUGCAGAAGUUCGACGAAUGAGCCGGACACACAUGAGUGGAAGUGCUGCCCAGCAUGAUUAUCUUCCACCUUCUCAGAGCCACAUAGCUAAGAGUUCUGUGUCAAAUCCUGGUUCUGCUGGUUAUUUAUACUUGCGUGGAAUGCCAUACUCUGUUACAGAAGAUGAUGUAAGAAAUUUUUUUGGAGACUUGUAUGUCGAUGAAGUUAUACUGUUCAAAAAUGCACAAGGAAGAAAAAAAGGAAAUGGCAUGGUAAGAUUUAUAUCAGAAAGCGAUGCAUAUAGAGGCCUAGAGUUUGACAAAAAAUACAUUGGAUCUCGUUUUGUGAAUGUGAAACCUUCCUCUGAGAAGUUCUGGAUUAAUGCUGGAGGAUCUGUAAAACGAAAGGAAGAUCUGAUGGUUUACCAACAUCGUCACCAUUCCCCAGCAUAUCAGAGAAUGAGUCGUUCGAGAUCAAGGUCACCAGUAAGAUACAAAUCCAAUUCAUUUUCACCAUAUAAUGAAGAAAAGCAUUGCAUACUUCUGAAAAAACUUUCACAUUCUACUGAUAAAAGGGAUAUUUUGGAAUUCUUUAAUUCGGCAGCUUUGAGUGAAGACCAGAUCAUGUAUGUAUAUGACAAGGAUGGUAACAGGACCAGAAAUGCUGUAGUUGUGUUUAAACGAUUAAAGGAUUAUUGUAAUGUUCUAGAGCAAACAAACAAUGUCCUUAAAAAUCGCAUAAUUGAUGUGAUACCGGUAUCAAAGGAUGAAGUGGUGGAUAUGUUGCAGUAUAAGAGGAAGACGGAAACCAUCUAUUCAAGAUCUGACAAGCAAAUGGAGAGAAGAGAGAGUGAGGAAAAGUAUUCAUCUUUAAAAACUUGUAUUUAUGUGAGGAACCUUCCAUUUGAUGUCCGUAAAGUAGAAGUGAAACGUUUAUUUGAAGGUUUCAGGAUUUCUGAAAAUUCUGUUUAUUUGCUUACUGAUAAUAAUGGUGUUGGAGUGGGUGAAGCUGUUGUUAGAUUUCGAUCUGAAGAGGAGGCAGCAAAAGCAGAACUUUUGAAUAGAACAAAGUUUUUAGGAACGGAAGUGUUGCUGCGACGCAUCACUGAGAAACAGAUGAAAGAAUUUGGUGUUUUGGACAAUUUCAGAAAUGAGGAAGGUGAUUAUAGUGAGGAGAGCUCCUUAACAUACCAUGACAGCAGCAGGGCAUUCUUUCCUGAUGAAAGGCCCUAUCCAGCAACAGAGUUUGAAGUUCCAAGAGAGAAUUAUGUUCCUAGAAAUCAGGACCCUUCUUUUGGUUACAGUGAUGAUCAUAAUGGGCAUGAUUCAAUGUUGGAUAAUGGUGGUUUCAAGAAUGGAAAUAAGGAACCUGAACUUGGUGGGACAAAUACCACAUUCUUUGAAGGACCUACGUGUGUCAAGCUGACAAAUUUUCCAUCUUCAAUAUCCAUAAAUGAAAUAUAUGACUUUUGCUAUGGCUAUCGGGUGAUACCUGGUUCUGUUUCUCUCCAGUUUACAAAGAGGGGACUCCCUAAGGGUACUGCCACAGUUGUAUUUGAGUCACGUGGGGAAGCUGAAUCAGCAGUUAAAGAGUUGAGCGGUCGACCUGUUGGGACUCAAAAAAUAUAUUUGCAUAUGCUUUAAUUAGGUGUGCGCUAGAAGAAGCGCAUAUGGUCACUUACAUUUUUGCAGCUGUAUAAUGUUGAGAUAAAUGUGAAAUUUAAAUUUGAGUUCAGAUUUACAGCAGCACAUCAAAACAGAAUGAGAAUGCCCUAGCCAAAACAAAAUCUUAUUCUGAAUGCAGUGAAUCUGUGUUCUAUUAGUAAGAUAUUUUUGUGUAUAUGCCAAUUUCUUUACAUCCCUCAUAGAAACCUGGCUUUCCAUUUUGCAGAUCUAAGGCCAAAAUGCAUAUUGCAACUUUUUGUUUUUUUUAAAACCCUCCCCCUUCAAAAAGAAGCGCUUUCUUUACACUUUCAGUUCCUUUGUUGUUCACUUGCAGAUGUAUCUCAAUAAAUAUUUCCUCAUUCAUGUUCUAAA